AUGGUCAAGUUGAAAGCUAAGUUAUCCUCUUGGGGCUUUACUGAACCAAACAGCAGCAGGAAAGGACUAACAGAAUCUAAAUGUGUGCUUCCCUUGGUGAAAGGUGGUUUAUCCAAGAUUCGACUCCACAGUUUCCAAGAUAGUAAGAAGAGGAUUCUACCUCGGGCUCUACUCAGCUCCAGGCAUGAGCUACCAUGCCCAGCCUCCGUGUACUUCUUCCUGGCAAACUUUGCAGCUCUGGAGAUCUACUUUUUCACCGUUGCCCCUUUGACUCUGGGCAACGUCCUGUCCAUGGGGAGAAACCCCAUUUCCCUGCCCGGCUGUGGAGCCCACAUGUUCUUCCUCAUCGUCCUGGGAAGUGCUGACUGUAUCCUGCUGGCCGUCAUGGCCUUUGACUGGUUUGUGGCCAUCUGUCAUCCUCUCCGUUACGGCCUCAUUAUGAGCUGGAGACUGUGUGUCCAGCUGGCCCGGGGGUCUCUGCUGCUGGGGUUCUUCUUAGCCGUGCAGCUGACCAUGCUUAUCUUCCAACUCCUUUUAUGCAGCAGCAAAGAAAAGUUCUACUGUUAUGUCCUCCCUGUCAUGAGACUGGCCUGUGCAGACACCUGGGUCCAUAAGCCACUUGUGGUCAGCAUGACCAUUCUCACCAUCCCCUUCCUGCUCAUCACUCUCUGCUAUGUCUGCAUCAUGGCUGCCAUCCUGAAGAUCCACUUUGCAGAGGGGAGGCACAAGGCCUUAUCCAUUUCCUCCCACCUGACUGUGGUUCUCCUCCAGGAUGGAUGUACAAGCCUCAUCUUCUUGUGUCCCAGCUCUAGCUACUAUCCUGAGAGGGGCCAGGUAGUAUCUGUGGUUUACACCUUCAUUACCCCUGUCCCCUUGAUCUACAGCAUGAGGAACAGAGAACUUAAGGAUGCUUUGAAGAGAGCAAUGACGAGGGUCCUGCUCCUCUAA